UCAAGCUCACCUUCCGUGUCUUCACAGGAUACAUCACUUGGACGAUGCGGUUUUGAUUUUAUUUUCUCACACAUAGGCUAAGUCACAGGCGCGCGGCUUUCUGCAUCCUUUCCUUUCCUCGCUGAUUUCAACAGAAUCGGAGCAUCCUCGCAAUGCUGCUGGAACACCCGGGGUCAAGCUGUCAAAACCCCGGAAAUUUCUCCCGAUACGGUUCAGGCCAAGAGAUCCCAGUCUGUGCAGGCUGCAGUCAGCACAUCGUGGACCGCUUCAUCCUCAAGGUGCUGGAUCGCCACUGGCACAGCAAGUGCCUGAAAUGCAGCGACUGCCAGGCACAACUGGCGGAUAAGUGCUUCAGCCGGGGCGACAGCGUCUACUGCAAAGAGGAUUUCUUCAAGAGAUUCGGGACCAAAUGCGCGGCGUGUCAGCAGGGGAUCCCCCCCACACAGGUGGUGAGGAGAGCGCAGGACUUUGUCUACCACCUGCACUGUUUUGCCUGCAUUGUGUGCAAGAGGCAGCUGGCGACGGGGGACGAGUACUACCUGAUGGAGGACAGCAGGCUCGUCUGCAAGGCCGACUACGAGACCGCCAAGCAGAGAGAGGCAGACUCGACUGCGAAAAGGCCACGGACGACCAUCACGGCCAAACAACUGGAGACCCUGAAGAACGCUUACAACAACUCUCCGAAACCUGCCCGCCACGUCCGGGAACAGCUAUCAUCAGAGACAGGCCUGGAUAUGCGGGUUGUGCAGGUGUGGUUUCAGAACAGGCGAGCUAAAGAGAAGAGGCUGAAGAAAGACGCUGGGAGGCAGAGGUGGGGGCAGUACUUCCGCAACAUGAAGAGGUCACGGGGAAGCUCCAAAUCAGACAAGGACAGCAUCCAGGAGGAGGGCAUGGACAGUGACGCCGAAGUCUCCUUUACAGAUGAACCCCCCAUGUCGGAGCUCGGCCACACCAACGGCAUCUUCAGCAGCCUGAGCGAGUCCUCUCCAGCCAUGGGGGGCCGCCAGGGGGGUAACAGCCACGGCUCCUUCCCUCUGGAGCAUGGCGUCCUCCCCUCUCAGGACCAGUUCCAUGACAUCCGCUCCAACAGCCCCUACGGCCUUCCUCAGUCCCCGGGCUCGCUGCAGGCGCUACCCAGACACCAGCCGCUCAUCUCCAGCCUGGUCUACCCCGACUCCGGUCUUUCUAUCAUGACCCAGGGCAGCGGCCCCGGGAUUAACCCGAACAUGAGGGUUUCCAUGGGGGGAGCCAAUGGCCCCAGCUCGGACCUCUCCACUGGCAGCAGUGGAGGCUACCCAGACUUCCCUGCCAGCCCCGCCUCCUGGUUGGACGAGGUGGACCACGGGCAGUUUUGAUUGGUCACCUACAAGAAAUUGGAGGUGUUUCUUUUUCUUUUUUUUUCUGUCUUCUACUGGAUUUUAACAAUUGAGAAAAAGAAUAGUCACCAAGGACAGUGAUUGUGUAAAAGACUAGACUGAACAGGUACUGUUUUGCUCUCCUUGGAUCUCAAUAUUGCUAUUAUUAUUAUUAUUAUUAUCUGAUUAUCAGGUCCGUUUUGUAUCUGUGGUCUGGAUUGAAGCACUGAACAGUGAGAAAUGUCCUUCUUUUCAAAGCACUUGACUGAGCGAUAGUCCUUCCCCAGAGAGAGCUGUACGUAAAGCAAGGAGUCCUGUUGAAGAUGUUCAGUUUUCAGAUAUAGCUGUACACUUUUUUUUUUUUUUCAGAGCAAAACAGACCACAGAUAAAGACUCAGAAAAUUCAAAUGUCAACCAUUUGGACUGUCAUGGACGACCCCUCCUCAUCUUCAUUUCCAUCUCCUGCUACUGCUCUUUGUUUUCUAAAAAUGUCUUCAGAUGCAGAAAUUGGUUAAAAAUUCAGAGUCUUUAAAUGUCUGGUUGUUGCCAAAUGUCUAUAUAUAUAUAUAUAUAUAACGGUUUGUCAUUGUGGAGACUUUAUUUUUAUACAACCCCCCCUCCCUCUUGGACAUGAAUAAGAAUCCACAUGUGAGGACUUUGUACAUUCAUAAACAGGGACAUAGGCAAAAAUGUAGAUGUUGUCUCUUGACUGGUACCUAGGGGUCCAAUUACUUCUAUGCAUUUGUGUGUUCUCAGAUGUACCUUGUUCGUUUUGUUCUACUGAAAACAACUCCAGGGGAGCAUCGCUUUAGAGCCUGGAGUCUGAUGUAUGUGUUUGUUUAUGUGGAAAAUGUUUUAUCUCUUAUUUAUUCCCUCUGAUAAUGACGAUGAUUCCUGAUGAACCGAUACAGGACUUUAAUAAAUUUGUCACCUAAAUCUAAAUGGA